AUGGACUUCCACCUGGCUCUGGCAUGGACACUCCUGGUUGGUCCAUGGAUGCCCACGGGAGCUCAGAACCCCAUUUCGUGGGAGGUGCAGCGAUUUGAUGGGUGGUACAACAACCUUAUGGAGCACAGAUGGGGCAGCAAAGGCUAUCGGCUGCAGCGCCUGGUCCCAGCCACCUAUGCAGAUGGUGUGUACCAGCCCUUGGGAGAACCCUACCUGCCCAAUCCCCGAGAUCUCAGCAACACUGCCAUGAGGGGCCCUGCAGGGCAGGCCUCCCUGCAAAACCGCACAGUGCUUGGGGUCUUCUUUGGCUACCACGUGCUCUCGGACCUGGUCAGCGUGGAGAGACCUGGCUGCCCCGCCGAGUUCCUCAACAUCCGCAUCCCGCCCGGGGACCCCGUGUUCGACCCCCAACGGCGCGGGGACGUGGUGCUGCCCUUCCAGAGGAGCCGCUGGGACCCCAAGACCGGACAGAGCCCCAGCAACCCCCGGGACCUGGUGAGACUAGGCGGACUGCGGGGCAGGGGCGGGGUCCGAGGGAGCNCGGACGCAGCCUUCGGGGCAGAGCGAGGGAACCGCGAGCCCUUCCUGCAGGCGCUGGGCCUGCUCUGGUUCCGCUACCACAACCUGUGGGCGCAGCGGCUGGCCCGCGAGCACCCGCACUGGGGCGACGAGGAGCUGUUCCAGCACGCGCGCAAGAGGGUCAUCGCCACUUACCAGAACAUUGCUCUGUAUGAGUGGCUGCCCAGCUUCUUGCAGAAAACACCCCCAGAAUAUACAGGGUACCGCCCUUUCCUGGACCCCAGCAUCUCUCCAGAGUUCCUGGUGGCCUCUGAGCAGUUCUUUUCCACCAUGGUACCCCCUGGCGUCUACAUGAGAAAUGCCAGCUGCCACUUCCAGAGGAUCAUCAAUUGGGAUUCAAGUGUCUCCAGAGCUCUCCGGGUGUGCAACAGCUACUGGAGCCGAGAGCACCCAAACCUACAAAGAGCUGAAGAUGUGGAUGCGCUGCUACUGGGCAUGGCCUCCCAGAUUGCUGAGCGAGAGGACCACGUGGUGGUUGAGGAUGUGCGAGAUUUCUGGCCCGGGCCACUGAAGUUUUCCCGCACAGACCACUUGGCCAGCAGCCUGCAGCGGGGCCGGGACCUGGGCCUGCCUUCUUACACCAAGGCCAGGGCAGCACUGGGCCUGCCUCCCAUUACCAGAUGGCAGGACAUCAACCCUGCACUCUUCCAGAGUGAUGGCAGGGUGCUGGAAGCCACAGCUGCUCUGUACAACCAGGACCUGUCCCUGCUGGAGCUGCUCCCUGGGGGGCUUCUGGAAAGCCAUGGGGACCCCGGACCCCUCUUCAGCGCCAUAGUCCUUGACCAGUUUGUGAGGCUGCGGGAUGGUGACCGUUACUGGUUUGAGAACACCAGGAAUGGGCUAUUCUCUGGGGAAGAGAUUGCAGAGAUCAGAAACACAUCCCUAUGGGAUGUUCUCAUGGCUGUCACCAAUGUGGACCCCAGUGCCCUGCAGCCCAAUGUCUUUUUUUGGCAUGCUGGGGACCCCUGCCCACAGCCAAGACAACUCAGCACCGAGGGCCUGCCAGCCUGUGUCCCCCCUGUCAUGCGGGACUAUUUCAAAGGCAGUGGAUUUGGCUUCGGGGUCACCAUCGGGACCCUCUGCUGCUUCCCCCUGGUGAGCCUGCUUGUUGCCUGGAUUGUUGCCCGGCUCCGAAGGAGAAAUUUCAAGAGGCUCCAGGGCCAGAAUUGCCAGAGCAUCAGGUCUGAGAAGUUCGUGGAGGGUGUGGAAGCGUUGGAAUGGCAGGGCCACAAGGAGCCCUGCCGGCCUGUGCUUGUGCACCUGCAGCCUGGGCAGGUCCGUGUCAUGGAUGGCAGGCUCUCUGUGCUCCGCAUCAUCCAGCUGAGGCCCCUGCAGCAGGUCAACCUCAUCCUGUCCAGCAACCGUGGACGCCACACCCUGUUGCUCAAGAUUCCCAAGGAGUAUGACCUGGUGCUGCUGUUUAACCUGGAGGAAGAGCGGCGGGCACUGGUGGAAAACCUUCGGGUGGCUCUGAAGGAGAGUGGGCUGAGAUUCCAGGAGUGGGAGCUGCGGGAGCAGGAGCUGAUGAGGGCAGCGGUGACGCGGGAGCAGCGGAGCCACAUCCUGGAGACCUUUUUCAGGCACCUUUUCUCCCAGGUGCUAGACAUCGACCAGGCGGACGCAGGGACCCUGCCCCUGGACUCAUCACAGAAGGUGCAGGAGGCCCUGACAUGCGAGCUCAGCAGGGCUGAGUUUGCCAACUCUCUGGGCCUCAAGCCCCAGGACAUGUUUGUGGAGUCCAUGUUCUCUCUGGCCGACAAAGAUGGCAAUGGCUACCUGUCCUUCCGGGAGUUCCUGGACAUCCUGGUGGUCUUCAUGAAAGGCUCCCCUGAGGAGAAGUCUCGCCUUAUGUUCCGCAUGUACGACUUUGAUGGGAAUGGUCUCAUUUCCAAGGAUGAGUUCAUCAGGAUGCUGAGGUCCUUCAUCGAGAUCUCCAACAACUGCCUGUCCAAGGCCCAGCUGGCCGAGGUGGUGGAGUCCAUGUUCCGGGAGUCAGGCUUCCAGGACAAGGAGGAGCUGACGUGGGAGGACUUCCACUUCAUGCUGCGGGACCACGACAGCGAGCUCCGCUUCACACAGCUCUGUGUCAAAGGGGUGGAAGUGCCUGAAGUCAUCAAGGACCUCUGCCGGAGAGCCUCCUACGUCAGCCAGGAUAAGCUCUGUCCCUCUCCCAGAGUGAGUGCUCGCUGUUCGGGCAGUGAUGUCGAGGUGGAGCUGACACCACAGAGACUGCAAUGCCCCAUGGACACAGAUCCUCCCCAGGAGAUUCGACGGAGGUUUGGCAAGAAGGUCACGUUGUUUCAGCCCCUGCUGUUCACCGAGGCUCACCGACAAAAGUUUCAACGGAGCCGUCGUCACCAGACCGUGCAGCAGUUCAAGCGCUUCAUCGAGAACUACCGGCGCCACAUCGGCUGCGUGGCCGUGUUCUACGCCUGGCGCGCUCUCUCCUCUGCACUGCUCCUCCCUUACCCACCCGGCCCCUCCGCAGACUACGCCUUUGCCUCGCCACCCUCGGGCAUUGCCCAGACCACCUAUGUGGGCAUCAUCCUGUCGCGGGGCACGGCCGCCAGCAUCUCCUUCAUGUUCUCCUACAUCCUGCUCACCAUGUGCCGCAACCUCAUCACCUUCCUGCGCGAGACCUUCCUCAACCGCUACGUGCCCUUCGACGCGGCCGUGGACUUCCAUCGCCUCAUUGCCUCCACUGCCAUCGUGCUCACAGUCUUACACAGUGCAGGCCAUGUGGUGAACGUGUACCUGUUCUCCAUCAGCCCGCUCAGCAUCCUGUCCUGCCUCUUCCCUGGCCUCUUCCAUGAUGAUGGGUCCGAGUUUCCCCAGAAGUAUUACUGGUGGUUCUUCCAGACUGUGCCAGGCCUCACGGGGGUCAUAAUGCUCCUGGUCCUGGCCAUCAUGUAUGUCUUCGCCUCCCACCACUUCCGGCGCCGCAGCUUCCGGGGCUUCUGGCUGACCCACCACCUCUACAUCCUGCUCUACGUCCUGAUCAUCAUCCACGGCAGCUUCGGCCUGAUCCAGCUGCCCCGUUUCCACAUCUUCUUCCUGGUCCCGGCACUAAUCUAUGGCGGGGACAAGCUGGUGAGCCUGAGCAGGAAGAAGGUGGAGAUCAGCGUGGUGAAGGCAGAGCUGCUGCCCUCAGGAGUGACCCACCUGCAGUUUCAGCGGCCCCAAGGCUUUGAGUACAAGUCAGGACAGUGGGUGCGGAUUGCUUGCCUGGCUCUGGGCACCACCGAGUACCACCCCUUCACACUGACUUCUGCGCCCCAUGAGGACACUCUCAGUCUGCACAUCCGGGCGGCCGGGCCCUGGACCACUCGCCUCAGAGAGAUUUAUUCACCCCCGACUGAUGGCUGUGCCAGAUACCCGAAGCUGUACCUUGAUGGACCAUUUGGAGAGGGCCACCAGGAGUGGCAUAAGUUUGAGGUGUCAGUGCUGGUAGGAGGGGGCAUUGGGGUCACCCCCUUUGCCUCCAUCCUUAAAGACCUGGUCUUCAAGUCAUCAGUCAGCUACCAAGUGUUCUGCAAGAAGAUCUACUUCAUCUGGGUGACACGGACCCAGCGGCAGUUCGAGUGGCUGGCUGACAUCAUCCGGGAGGUGGAGGAGAAUGACCACCAGGACCUGGUGUCCGUGCACAUCUACAUCACCCAGCUGGCUGAGAAGUUCGACCUCAGGACCACCAUGCUGUACAUCUGCGAGCGUCACUUCCAGAAGGUGCUGAACCGGAGUCUGUUCACAGGCCUGCGCUCUGUCACCCACUUUGGUCGCCCCCCCUUCGAGCCCUUCUUUAACUCCCUGCAGGAGGUUCACCCACAGGUCCGGAAGAUUGGGGUGUUUAGUUGUGGCCCUCCCGGCAUGACAAAGAAUGUAGAAAAGGCCUGUCAGCUCAUCAACAGGCAGGACCGGACUCAUUUCUCCCACCAUUACGAGAACUUCUAGGCCUCCUGCCCAGAGGCCCCACCCACUGCCCUGCUGAGCAGAGGUUUGGGUCACACCUCACCUCACCUCUGUAUUUCCUAUUUCUGGCUCCCUCAGCCUUCUCACCAUUCCCACCUCCUCCUUGGUCCAGGUGACUAUGGUCAGUCACCCCAUAUGGGUUCAGGGACCCCCAGGCUCAUAAUGUUUCAGCCUGGAGAAGUGGGAGGUGCUGUCUGAGGACUAGAGGUUGGGAGUUAUUAUUAUAGCUCAGCAAAGUGACAUCACUUCUUCCAAACUAAGGAAAAAUUCAAAAUUUUUAAAAUUUUGCUGACAAGUAGUGUGUGUGUGUGUGUGUGUGUGUGUGUGUGUAUGUGUAGGGGGCUGUGAGUCCAAAGAUGAAGUGGGUGCAUAGAUACUGGAAUCUUAGAGCUCCUCCCCCAAAUCCUCCCUCUCCAACGGGCUCCCCAGUGUCAAAAGGGCUGGCAAAUGCCUUGAAGAGGGUAGAGGCUGGACCCACAGAGAGAAAUUUAUAGGAACCCCCUCAGUAUCCCACUCUAACAGCACGAUUGAUCUUAAACAGGUACUGUAGUCAGAACCUGGCCCAAUAUCUCUCUACAUAGUGCUCUCCAGCCCUUCUCUUGUUCUGUAGUCUUUUUUACAAAUAAACCACUUUUCUGCCCUCUGGGUUUCUUCUUUUAAAAAA